UGAGGAGGGGCAGAUAGCCGUUGGUCGUGUGCUUCCUUUCUCCCCAUUGUUUCCCCUCGCUUUGUCUUUUGUUCAAUGCCUGUAGUAGUUGUUAUCACAAUCCACGGCCGCUUUUAAUCACCCGCUCAUUCCCAUCAGCUGGUCCCUUUCUUCUUUCUCUCCCCUUCCCUCGUCUUGUUGAGCUUGAUCGAUCUUUGCUUCAUUUUUGCUUCAUUUGGAUGACGUGCCGGCAUGUCAGCUGCAUGAAGCCCACUUAUCUUCACCAAGUUUGCUUUUUCUAUGUUAAUCCUCGACCGUUGUUGUGUCACUCCUUGCUUGACCCUUUCAUUCCUUUCUAGAAAUACCCAUUGAGACUUUACUCGCAAAAUCCACCCUGUGUACAUCGACAAGAUGUGGGGGAAAAUGUCUUUCCACCGAUCGCGCAAGCCGGUGAUCGGGAAUCCCACCCUGAUCGACAAGACCUUGGAUGAUAGUGUCUACCGGUCUCUGUCCCCCGCUCCUGGCAGCCAGAGCAGCGACAACCUGGCCCAUUCCAGGACUCGCCCGGCAAUCGCACGCAAUCCUACGGACUCGCUCCUUCCUGCACAACGCCCCGAUACGGGUCGACGGGUCACCUCCUCCUCCCAUGCUCUGGACAUUGCGAGUGGUGACCCGUAUCACCAGCGCUCUAUCAGUUUGUCACAUAAUUAUCUUCUGGAUCCAGCCACCUUCAGUCACGACCUAGGCCGACCCGACAGUGCAAGCAUUUCACCUCCGGACUCGCCCAUUUCUUUCGGUCGCCCGCCGGCUAGUCGCGACAGCUCGCGUGUUUCGCCUAUAGAGGACGAACCUAAUUACGAUCCAAGCGCCGUAUCAAUGGAGAACAAGGAGAAUACCAGGUUUGCCAGUCAGCUGCCCGUCUUGCGCAAACGCGCCGACUCCCAGGCAGACCGGCUACAGACGCCAAAGUCCUCCAGAGGCUACGCGACCAGAUGGGACAACUUUUCAGGCGAGCUGUCGCCCGGCGACCUGAGCAGAUCUGCCCAGAAUACCCCUGGCAGUGUUUCUUUCCGCACGGAGAUCACAGCAAAGCCUCCAUCGUCCCAUAGUUCGAAUAUUUUCGGCUGGGGCAAGGAUCAUCUCAAUGCCAAAAAGAAACCAUCGGAACCACGCACGCGCCUAUCGAAACCCGAGAACACGCUUCCGCCCGGCGUGCGCGAGCCUUGGAAGGGACCUAGUGGACGAUCUCCGAUAGUAACGCCCAUCCAGGAAAGGCCGAGAGCUAAAUCUCCAGCACGGGUGCAUAUGUCACGAAGCAACGACAGAAUGAGAGAAGCGAACAGCAUGACUCUCGAUUACGCUGCUGCCUGCGCUUUUGUGCCGACUGUCGUGACCACUAUUACGGCAGGUGACCCUAAACCGAAGACCUCAGAGAAAGUUAAGCACGCAACGAGCAGGGAUAAUAUCCGAACACGAACACCCGAGGAACCCGCUCCGACCACUAGCAUCAGCAGUGCUGAGCCACCUCGUGUUGAUUUUCCAGAGCCUGACUGGGAGUCAUCGCUGGCUGACCUGAAACUAACAACCGAUGAGUUGGCCGAAGAGCCCGCGAGCCGGUUCAGUGCAACUACAUAUGAUGCCACGGAAACAGGCAGCUCCAUCGGAAGCGCGCGCGGUAGCGUGGAUGCAGCAUCCCAGUCCACCGAUCAUCUUCCAUCAAUCAUGUCUCGGAAACGCCCGGUACCCAGCGUUGUUGCGCCUGGAAAAAAGCCUACCAGGAAGCCCACACCUUCUCAGGCCACUGAAGCCGAGGCUCCCAAGGAUCAAUUACAAGUCACGCCGCAGGAACAAGUUCAGAACCGCAUAGACACGCUGGAGGCUCGCAAAGACACCCUGGCGCGCCGCAAAGCGAAUAUCAACACGAUAAUCUAUGAAUUAACUCAAGUGAUCCAGCCUAGCUCCGUUGCUUACGACAUGGCUGCCAGAGACGAAGUGAAGCUGACCGUAGCCAGUCUUGAAUCCGAACUCGCUGAAAUCAAGAGAGAGGAGCACGAGAUUGGUCUGAAGCUGUUCCGGGCUUGGAAGAGGCGUGACGAUCUUGGGUUCGGUGGGGGCUCCAGCCUAUGGGUCAAACGGGUGACCAGUUGAACAUCAGCCAUGGCUUCUUGGACUCUCUUUCUGGGUAUUCCUUUAACCCAUCUUUCCUUCCACUUCCCCUCUCUUGUCAUUGCCAUGUUAUUUUCUUUGCGCUAUUCUUUGGUCAGAUGUCCUGCUGCUGGAUAGUGGCCGGGUCGUGUCUUUCAGCGUUGCGAAUACCCUUGGGCAGCAUACAGCAGGUUCAUGUUUACUUCUUUCUAACGAUGCCGGUGGGGCAUCUUGUUUUCUUACUGUGCAGUGCGCAAUGAUACCCUUUCCGCUUGU